GGCUUCUACUAGUACUGUACGAGCAAGGCUGAGGCUCAGGCAGAUUCAUUCUCAGCGGUUUCACUCCAGGCCCGUGUUUCCACCUGAGUGCAUUUCCACGUCUGGUGAUCUAGCAAGCGCCCAGGGAAUCCCUCACCAGUGCCAAAGCUGAGCUGGAGCUGCGCCAUCCCCUGAAAUUCAAUUCCAUUCCACCCUCAGAUUCACGAUCAAUUUUCUCAAGGCUCAUCCAGCUCAGUUUUUGCAUUCAAAUCUCUUGGUAUUCAGAAACUCUGAGGCAAUAAUCACCAUCGAAAUCUAUCGCAAACAUGUCCAACAACGAGAAGGACAACUGGCCUCCUUCCUAUGAAGAAUCGCUCAAAUCCAGCAAUACGGGCCGCUCCCAGAUAACCCGCACCUACUCCCCUUCUCGUGGUCAACAGAUCCUAGACCAGCUUACUCUCGUCCGCGCCCAACACCUCCGCUCCGUAAUCAACGAGCACUUAAUCCCACUCGUCGAGCAACAAGCCAUGUAUGGCAUUGCACAAACCACAAUCGCUAUGAUCCCUUCCGAUGUAGCCUUACCCGCUGAAGAAGAAGAAAAGUCAGAAUUCAGCUUCGACGCCGGAAAUGCGAAGAAGGUGGAGGUGAUUGGGUUCUCGUCAGACGAGAAGCCGCAGAUCAUUAGACUGGAAGGACAGAUGAACCAAACUGAGUUUUGGAGACCGCAGAUUAUUGUGCAGGAGUUGGAGCGGCUGUUGAAAGAAUCUUUGAAUGCCUCGCCGUAUGUGAAACCUCCGAGCCCCAAGUAUCCUCCUGCGCAGGAACCACCACUACAGAGGCCGCGGAGGAGGGAUUUUUUUGGGAGAAUGGCAGAUGUAAUCAACCAGCCUGAGGAGAGGUCGCCGAGCGGAAAUCCAGAAGUUGGCGUUAGGCAACCUGACAACGCAGGCCAGGUGCUUGUGAAGGUGAGGUUGGAAGAGAUCUGCUUGCGGACGGUGAAUGAAUUUGGGAUUUACGAUACGAUGUCCAAACAGUGCCUCAUAAUUAGGGUUGAUGCAAGGUGUUGAUAGUCUUGGAGGGCAUAGUAUACGGAGUAGAGGCGUUUGGACCCGCUCGUCUGGCUGUUUACGAGGAUGGUAACUGGUCACACAAGUGUCAGGAGGGCUACUUAGGACAAUAGAUACCCUGGCUUGAAAGUCGCUCAGCGAGUGAUUCAAUGUCGUUGGGUGACAGCACAAAGGGAGAAACGUGCUCGAAACCUCUGUUUACUUCCCAUCUCGGUCCCUAUUCGUAAUCAUACAUGCUGUCCGAUGGUGCUUUGUGAAAUCAAACGUUAAGCCAAUAUGCUAUACUCUGUAUAGCCGUAGAAAAGCCCGCUCUUCCGUUG